CUCUCACUCUGUGUGCGCAGAGCUAGCUAGGUAGAGCCACCAUUGCCAUCCCAUAAAACAAUCCCAUUGGUUACUGUCUCCUAAUACUGAGAACAUGCACUACGCUUGCCAUGGGCGUCGACAUGUCUAACAAUCCACCAACUUCUCGCACCAAGGACUUCUUUGCUUCCCCAGCCCUCUCCCUCUCCCUCGCUGGGAUUUUUCGUGAUGCUGGGGAGGCGGCCGCGGCAAGCAGGGAGGUGGAGGAAGGAGAAGAGGGCAGCGGUGGAGGCGGAAGCACAGCUGUAGGCAGUGUUCGCCGGAGAGAAGACACAGCGGAGGUUAGCAGCGAGAACUCCGAGCCAGCAAGGUCGAGAUCAGAAGAUGAAUUUGACGGAGAAGGAGAGCACGACGAAGAUGAUGCUGAUGGAGACAACAAGAACAAGAAGAAGAAGAGGAAAAAGUACCAUAGGCACACCACUGAGCAAAUCCGAGAAAUGGAAGCGUUGUUCAAAGAAUCACCACAUCCUGAUGAGAAGCAAAGGCAGCAAUUGAGCAAGCAAUUAGGCCUUGCUCCAAGGCAGGUCAAGUUUUGGUUUCAGAAUCGUCGAACCCAAAUCAAGGCUAUACAAGAACGCCAUGAAAAUUCUCUGUUGAAAGGCGAAAUGGAGAAACUCCGCGACGAGAAUAAGGCAAUGAGGGAGCAGAUAAACAAAUCUUGCUGCCCCAACUGUGGCACUGCAACCACUAGCCGGGAUGCCACCCUCACAACCGAGGAGCAACAACUGCGAAUCGAAAAUGCCAGACUCAAAUCCGAGGUCGAAAAACUCAGAGCAGCUCUUGUAAAAUACCCUCCCGGGACAUCCUCUCCUUCCUGCUCCGCUGGUCAAGACCAGGAGAAUAGAAGCUCUUUGGAUUUCUACACUGGAAUAUUCGGAAUUGAGAAGCCGAGGAUUAUGGAGAUAGUGAAUCAAGCAAUGGAGGAGCUUAAGAAGAUGGCUACUGCAGGGGAACCACUCUGGGUUCGGAGUGUGGAGACUGGCCGUGAAAUACUUAAUUACGAUGAGUACAUCAAAGAGUUCAACAUUGAAGUUCCUGGCAAUGCGCGGCCAAAGAGAUCCAUUGAGGCCUCCAGAGAGACCGGGGUGGUGUUUGUGGAUCUUCUGCGACUAGUUCACAGCUUCAUGGAUGUGAAUCAAUGGAAGGAAAUGUUUCCAUGCAUGAUCUCAAAGGCGGCAACUGUUGAUGUUAUUAACAAUGGUGAAGGAGACAAUAGAAAUGGUACAGUACAAUUGAUGUUUGCAGAGCUGCAAAUGCUUACGCCCUUGGUUCCCACUAGAGAAGUGUACUUCGUUAGAUGUUGCAAGCAAUUGAGUCCUGAACAAUGGGCUAUUGUUGAUGUUUCGAUUGACAAAGUCGAAGAUAACAUAGAUGCGUCCUUGGUGAAAUGCAGGAAGCGUCCCUCUGGCUGCAUCAUUGAGGACAAAUCAAAUGGCCACUGCAAGGUGAUCUGGGUGGAGCACCUAGAAUGCCAGAAGAGCACAAUUCAGACCAUGUACCACACCAUUGUCAACAGCAGUCUAGCAUUUGGAGCAAGACAUUGGGUAGCAACGCUGCAACUGCAAUGCGAACGACUUGUUUUCUACAUGGCAACCAAUGUUCCCAUGAAGGAUUCAACUGGUGUGGCCACCCUUGCUGGGAGAAAAAGCAUUCUAAAAUUGGCACAAAGAAUGACAACGAGCUUUUGUCGUGCAAUCGGAGCAUCAAGCUACCAUACCUGGACUAAGAUCUCAAGCAAAACAGGGGACGACAUAAGGAUUGCCUCCAGAAAGAACUUGAACGACCCAGGAGAGCCUCUCGGUGUGAUUUUGUGUGCUGUUUCUUCAGUAUGGCUGCCAGUCUCUCCUCAUGUGCUCUUCGAUUUCUUAAGAGACGAGACUCGCAGGAAUGAGUGGGACAUUAUGUUAAAUGGAGGACCAGCUCAAACAAUUGCAAACCUAUCCAAGGGACAAGAUCGUGGCAAUGCUGUUACAAUCCAGAGCAUGAAAUCAAAAGAGAAAAGCAUGUGGAUACUACAAGAUACCUGCAUAAACUCUUACGAGUCGAUGGUGGUCUACGCUCCAGUGGAUAUCACUGGAAUGCAGUCUGUGAUGACAGGAUGCGCCGCGAGCAACAUCGCCAUAUUGCCUUCAGGGUUCUCGAUUCUUCCUGACGGGCUGGAGUCGAGGCCGAUGGUCAUCACAUCCAGGCAAGAAGACAGGAGCAGUGAAGGAGGAACUCUGCUGACAGCAGCAUUUCAAGUCUUGACAAAUUCCUCCCCCACAGCCAAGCUAACAAUGGAGUCUGUGGAGUCUGCCAACACACUAAUAUCAUGUACUUUGAGAAAUAUUAAAACAACCUUGCAGUGUGAGGAUGGCUGAUCGGAGUAAUUUUAUUAAUUAGCUUUAGACAUAAGUUAAAUUAAAAAAUUUAGGGUUUUCAUAUAAUUUUAUUUCUUUCUUUCUUUCUUUUUUUUUUUUUUUUUAAUUUACCAGUGGAUUUAGAAAUGAGUCAUUUGUGAGUUUGUCUAUUCGUUUUGGUUGGAAUGGAGGACUUGGGACUGAAGGCAAGAUUUGAUUUAUAGUCUUUCAGUUUCCUUGGAAAUAACUAUUUAUCAAUGCAAAAUUUGGCAAAUUUAGUUACUA